UGAACUAUUUAUUACACCGAAAUGGAUACAACGUUCCUGCGACUGCGUCCCCAUUUUCUCCUUCGUUCAGCUCUUAGCUUCUUUCGGUUUCUUUUUUCUUUUCCAGUAAUCCCCUUUUUGUUUUCUUCCGGGGCCGGCCCACGUUGAUCAGAUUCUGCGUCUCUUUUCAUUUACGUUCCUUGUCCUUCCGUUGCAAACCUCCAGGUAGUACUCUGUUGCUGUGCAUCUGUUUCAAAACAUUCGUCUGCGUCUGGAACGCCUCCUUUACUUCCACAUCAUCUUCAAACACUAUGGCCACAUCCUUGAAAGCAGAGCUGGACACAUGGGCAGCAGCUUUGAAAUCAUAUGAUGAGCAGAAUUUCGAGAAGGCCUUGGAUUCAUUUUCGCGCAUCGCGGAUUCUUCCAAAAUCCUCACAAACAUGGGCCUGAUUUAUGCCACAAUCGGUGAGCAUGAAGCUGCGGUCCAGCAGUUCAUGGCUGCUACAACUCUUGAUCCGUUCCUUGCUAUCGCCUACUUUCAAUGUGGGGUGUCUAACUUUUUGCUAAGCCGAUACGAUGUUGCUUUGCAAAACUUUGACGAUGCACUACUGUAUCUUCGUGGAAACCAAGCCAUUAACUAUGAACAAAUCGGUCUCAAAUUCAAACUAUUCUCACCUGAAGUCCUCUUCAAUAAAGGCCUUUCUCAAAUUUAUCUUGGCUACCAGACAGAGGGGCUAGCUGAGAUGGAGAAUGCACGCAAUGCGAAGGUAACCGAAGAUCACGACGUAAUUGACGAUGCCAUUAGAGAUCGUGGAGAGGGAUAUACGGUCUUUAGUAUUCCUGUUGGCGUCUUGUACCGCCCUUCAGAGAAUAAGCUCAAAAAUUCAAAAAGUAAAGACUAUCUUGGGAAGGCGAAACUUGUGGCAGCAUCAGAAGCCACUGAUGCGUUCACUGAAUUCACUGGCAUCAAGAAACUCAAGGAGGAGCGUGAGAACGCAAAAGAAAGAAGAGAUCAAGAAAGGGACGAUGAUGGCUUAAGGAGAAGCGCAACUGUUCCCCCGCCACGUACUGAACCCAUCGCCCGGCCUAGUGUCGAGCGCUCUAAGACAACGACGGCGGGUCCAAGGUCCACUACUUCCGCCUUCCCAUUACCCCUUACAUCAGGUUUGUCGAGAAGCAACACUGCCGUACCUGCGCGCAUCGACAUUUCCACCUCCGCUUCUGGUCGCCCUUCAACUGACGAUGCACCUACCCUGUCGCCCACGUCACCUUUGGCGAGGAACAACCCUGUGGCACCUUCCCGCAGCAACACUACUAUCCUUCCGAUGACCCCUUCAGGUAUAGCUGCAUCGAGAGGACUAAAUGUAAAGAAAAAAGAACCUCUGCCUAGCCAGCCCGCCAAUCAACCUGGGCGUCCCUUCCAGCCUCCGUUCGCGCCACAAUCUUAUCCUGAUCCGCCGCAGAUGCCGAAACAAUACCAACAGCAGCCAAAUCAGAACCAGCCGCCGCAGGCACGUAAUCAGUACCAACAACCUCAGCCGUACCAAACCCAGACCCUUCCUGAUAACGGAUACCAGGUACUCCCAUCUAGUCUCCAGCCUGGCGUUCCCGUACCAAAGGUGCCAUUCGUGCUCCGUGCCGCUCCUUCCCAAGAGGCAUCGACUAGACAGCAAAACUUCCUCGAUGACUACAUUGCUUCCUAUACUGAAGAUCUUUCAAUUUCCGUCGCGCAAGGACCGCUACCCACUAUGGGCGUGGAUCGCGUGGUAUUGUGGCCUCAGGGAAGCACACAGCCAAGUUCAGGGACGAUGGUUACUGGUUCGAUGAUUCAGCGAAAAUCCUCACGCAAUGAGCUCGGCAACCAGGGGCCCCUGAACUCCGAGGCGCCAACCGCUGUCAAUAUCUCCCGUACCGGUGGGGGAAGCAUGCGUCGGAAAGCAACCAGGCGAGCGACGCAGAGGCGGCCGAAGGCAGCGUACGAGGAAGAGGAGGGGUACGUGAGUGGAGAGUAUGAUGAUCCCUAUGAAGUGUCAAAUAUUCGUGUGAAGUUGCAUUACCAAGGCGAUGUGCGUGGAAUGAUGCUAACACCCUACACGUCAUUCGAGGAAUUCGUCGAGCGCGUAACGAGCAAAUUCGGCACUACUAUGGAUGGUCUGGGUCUCAAAUUCAAGGAUGAGGAUGAUGUGAAAGUGACGCUAAGAGAUGGUAGUGAUUAUGAACUUGCCAUCGAGACUGCACGAGCGAACACGAAGGGAAGAGGUGAGGGGAAGCUGGAGAUUUGGUGCACGGACAUGUGAGACCAACUCACUUACAUAUUAUGUCUCUGCGGAUGAAUUUAUCUUUAAUCGUGGGUCUAAUGCUUAAUAUUUUGCCUUAUACUGUUGUACUAUGUAAGGACCUACCUACAAUACAUGUGUUUUCUGGUUGUCUUAAAUAGCCGAAUAUAGGAGCUCAGCUCGGUGUUUCAAAAUA